AUGGAAGAGGGAUAUGGGUUAGUUCAGAUGAAAAUAAAUAAAGUGACUUUGGUUGGAGAAAAAGAUUAAUUGAGAAUCAUUUUAAUGGACUAAGGAAAUGAUUUAGGAAAAUUGACUUAUCACUUCAUGAAUUAUUAACUGAUAUUGAGAGAAGUGGUAAAGAAUUUGCUGAGCAUCCUUCUAAUAUGGUGUUGUAACUACUUGUCCAACUAAUAUGGUAUCUGGAAAGAGAUCAUCCAUUUUAUAAGAUUAUAAAAGGAGGAACAUAUUGAUGAAAAAUAAUUGAAAGUAGUCGUAAGAUCUUUUGGAGCAUGA